UUGGUGUUGCUGCAGCUGAAAGGUCUGAAAGAUGGCUACAAUGAUCAGCUGUCAUUUCCCAGAGGCCCUUUCACUCUCAACCCCUUCGGCUUCCUGUAAGUGUGGUCUGUGACCUCUGAUGGGUUAGAGUUCCCCCGUAGAAAAUGAUAGAGGACUCUAGUGCCCAAAGGCCAUUUUAGCAUGGGCAGCGCCAUUCAUGACUUAAACUAUUUUGAAGUAGUCAACUGGGUGGGACUUAAUUCCAUCACAUAAUUCCAUCCAGGUCAUCAGGAGGGGUCAGCCAAUGAAUAAUACUUGUGAGCAAACAUUCCAUAACUGCAGGUGGCAGUAAAUCGCCAAUCUUAGCUUUAUCUGUUCAAACAACACACUGCAAGUGGCAUGCAUCCUUUCAGUUUGUUUACAAACUCUUAGAAGUAGUAGAAUAAGAAAAUUGACUACUUCAAAAUGGAAAUGGCCUCAAUGGUCCUGCCCGUCCACUCACAGACUGCAUAAUUAGACAGAUACAAAGAAGAGUCCUCUAUCAUUCUCUAUGAGAUCAGCGCAGCAGUGAGUUACUGUAAGCACCCCUGAUUUUAAUCACCAAGAGUACCCAUCUCAGGAAUAAUGUGAGGGGUUCCAAUGGGGAUUUUUUUUAGGGUGAGCUAAACCAAGUGCACCUUGCUAUACAGCUAUGACCAAAACCCCUAUUUUUCUGUGGCUAUCCCAUAGAGAAUGAUAGAGGCAUCGAGUGGCCAAAAGGCCAUUUUAGCAUGGCCAGAGCUAUUGAGAGCUUCCGCCAUUUUAAUGUAGUCAACUUAGUGGGACUUCCAACUUCAUUGGCUGAUCCCUCCUGGUGACGCUGCUGGAGUCAUGUGCAACCAGGUCAUCAGGAGCGAUCAGCCAAUCGUAACAAAUAAGAAAAUGUACUACUUCAAAAUGGAGAUGGCCUCAAUGGCACUGCCCAUGCUGUCACAUGUCUCUGUGGGCUAUUCAGACUUUUCCAGAUGGGAGGAGGCCUGGUGGAUCUUGAGGGGGACCUAAACAAAUCUAGCCAAUCAUGGACACUGGGCUCUGGCUCCUGCUCCACCCUCAUCAAGCUAUUGCCUGGCAACAAGGAUCUGCUGGUGUCUCAUGAUACCUGGAACAUUUACCAGGCCAUGCUGCGCAUCUUAAAGAAGUACCAGUUCGCCUACCGUGUCUCUCCUACAGACAGUGAUCCGAUCCCUGGCAGAACCCAGGCCUUCUCCUCCUACCCAGGGUCCAUUUUCUCUGGAGAUGACUUCUACAUCCUUAGCACCGGGCUGGUUACCUUGGAGACAAGCAUUGACAACAGUAACCCCGCCCUCUGGAAAUUUGUUCAACCAACCGGAUCAGUGAUGGAGUGGCUGAGGAACAUCGUAGCCAAUAGGCUGGCUGCAUCCGUCAAGGAGUGGGCAGAGAUUUUCUGCAAACACAACAGAUCUGUCAGUUCAGAGCUGGAGAUCCGAAAACAAACCCUCAACAAGAUAUUUAACUGUCCAUUUAAAGGACACUAG